UUUUUUUAGAAUGCUCUGAACGCAUCUUCACCGUCUUGGGAAGCUGUCGUCAAGACAACAGGUAAACUCUGACCUGAGUAGACAUGGCGGAGCUGCUUCAAAUAAAAAGUCAAGUUAAAGAGUUCCAGCAAGAGUACGUCGACAAAAACAGCUACGCUGAGGAGAACAGACAGAAGGAAAACCAGGCUGCCACCCGGAUUCAGAGCUGGUUCAGAGCCUGCAAGGUGCGGGCUUACCUCAGCCAUCUGCACAAGCAGGCAGUCAUUAUACAGAAGAUAUGGCGAGGCUUCACAGCAAGGGCACGUUUCAGACAAAUGGUGAAGGCGGCAUAUUUUAUCAUGAAGAUGAAUUUCUACGAGGAGAUGGCGGUCAGGAUCCAGCGGAGAUGGAGAGGAUUCUUUGUGAGGAAGUAUAUUCACAAUUUCUAUGCACGCAAGAGCUAUCUGGAAGGAGUUUCACAGAAAAAUGAACUUGUCAGGCAGGAGCUGGAUGAACUUGAGGAACUCCAGAAGAGAGAGAGAGACUGUCUGGAGAUGGUGAAAGAGCAGACAGCCAAGGUCUACCAAGCUUACCGGUUACACCACCUCCUCAGUACGAAGCAGUGCCCAGGGGUCUUCAACUCUCCAUUCAGGCCAGCCCCCCAUGAGAUGGAACAACUGCUGAGGCAGGUCAAGUACCAGGCCCCCACCAGGCUGGCCCACAGGGGCAGGAGUUGUCUCUUGGGUAUGCCUGGCCCAGCAGCUCCCAGUUUCCCUGGGACUCCUGGAUCCCCAUGGAUCAAAAAUACUAGAACCUGCAGUUCCUCCAGGCCUAUACUGCACCCCAUUGCCUGCAAAAAAGAACAGAGUCAAUUCAGAGAGCCGGGGGAAGUUUGGGAGCAGCACUUGCAUUGUCCUGACCUGACGUUGCGUCUGCAGACCUCUCACACACACCUGGAAGAGGCUCAGAAACAGCUACGACAACAAGAAGGGACAGGAAGUAUGCUCCACCAUCUCAGCCACAGCAGGAGUUCCUUUACUCAUCCAGCUUACGCCAAGAGUUUCAGAUAGUAGAUUACACAUAGACAGAGGAGCCAUUCAAGACGUCUUUGCCACCGACGACGCCUUUGAUAAGUUUCCUCAUCUGUACUCCAAAGCAGACAUCAUUGUGUGACAGACCUCCUCCUGGCCUGAGGGAGAAGUACAAAGAGAAGUACAAAUAAA